UCCCUUUAAACACCCCCCCCCCCCCCCCCAACCCAAAAAAAAAAAAAAACUCUCAGUCUCCCCCUCUUUCAAGGUCUUCGCUUCGUGUUUCUGAAUUUCAUUUACAAAUGGAUUGUUGGUCUUCUCCUAUCGUUAUGGAUGACGAGUUUGAGAAGCUGGUGACUCGAAUGAACCCUCCAAGGGUUACAGUUGAUAAUGCCUCGAGCAGGAAAGCAACUUUGAUUAAGGUUGAUAGUGCAAAUAAGCGUGGGAGUUUGUUGGAGUUGGUUCAAAUUCUCACUGACUUGAAUCUUAUAAUUCGUCGAGCUUACAUUUCUUCAGAUGGGGAAUGGUUCAUGGAUGUAUUUCAUGUCACAGAUCAGAAUGGGAACAAGCUGUUUGAAGAUGAUCUUGCCGAACGAAUUCAACAGUUGCUGGGACCUAAGGCACAUAGCUUUCGGUCCUUGAGAAGGUCCGUGGGUGUCCAAGCUACCACGGAGCACACAACAAUUGAAUUGACUGGAAGAGACAGGCCAGGCUUGCUCUCAGAGGUUUUUGCUGUUCUUGCUGACCUCAAAUGUAAUGUGGUAGCUGCAGAAGUCUGGACCCAUAACUCAAGAAUGGCAUCUGUUGUUUACAUCACCGAUGAGGUAACUGGAGUGUCAAUUGAAAAUCCUGAUCGGCUUGCUAAGAUCAAGCAACUUCUUCUUUAUGUGCUAAAAGGGAAUAGAGAUAAACGAGGUGCCAACACUGCUGUUUCGGUUGGUUCCACUCAUAAGGAACGGAGGCUUCAUCAAAUGAUGUAUGCUGAUCGCGAUUAUGAUAUGGAUUACGCAGAUUGUGUGUCAACUAGUGACCGGAGCAAACUUACUGUAACUGUAGAGAAUUGUGCAGAUAAGGGAUAUACGGUUGUGAACUUGAGGAGCCCUGACCGUCCUAAGCUACUGUUUGACACUGUAUGCACAUUGACAGAUAUGCAAUACGUGGUAUACCAUGCAACUGUCAUUGCUGAAGGACCAGAGGCUUAUCAGGAAUAUUAUAUCAGGCAUACAGAUGGGUGCCCUAUUAGUUCUGAAGCAGAGAGGCAAAGGGUAAUUCAUUGCCUGGAGGCGGCUAUCAAGAGGCGAACUUCUGAGGGUAUAAGACUGGAAUUCUGCGGUGAAGACAGAAUUGGCCUUCUAUCUGAUGUUACUCGCAUAUUCAGAGAAAAUGGUCUAUCAGUUACCCGAGCCGAGGUUACCACCAGGGGUUCCCAAGCUGUAAAUGCUUUUUAUGUUACUGAUGCAUCAGGAAAUCCUGUGAAGAGUGAAACAAUCGAGGCAGUUCGACAGGUAAUCGGCCUAACAAUACUACAUGUGAAGGAUGAUGCCUGCUCAAAAUCCCCAACCCAGGAGAGUGUGAGAUUCUCUUUGGGUAAUCUCUUCCGAACAAGAUCAGAGAAGUUCCUAUAUAACUUGGGUUUGAUAAAGUCAUGUUCUUGAGCAUUGAUAAGUUUUUUUUUUUUUUUAAGUUCUGUCCAGUACCUGUAGAUAUUAAGAAAUAUCUGUGUAGUUGUUGAUGAUGCUUUAGAACCACACACCGAAGGUUUAAGGUGACUACCUUUUUUAUCUUGGUCAGGUCUUAAAUUUGAAAGCUUUCAUUUUGUGAAGUUUCAUGUAUAUAAAGUUCUUUAAGCUGCUGCAUUUUGUGUUCAA